CCUCCUCCCUCUGUACAGAGGAGUGGACUACCCUGUACAUGUAGUUUAAGCUCUUGCAGCUGUCUCAGCAGGGUGUGGUGACGGAGAGGAAUAGCAGUUUUCUUUUCAGUCUCAUUAGCAGUAGUCUGCUGCCAUGUCUACAUUAACAUCAGCACCACAUUUUCUGGCUUUCCUCAUUUCACUUUGGAUACUUUCUCUGGCUGCAGACCAUCCAGAGGUACCAGAGAAGGCUGGAGAGAACGUCCCUCUUCAGUGUCAGGCUCCCAGAGAUGCUCAGAUUAACAUGUUGGAGUGGAUCAGACCUGAUCUAGAGUCAGAUGGUUACAUCUUCCGGUUCAUACCAGGAGAGUCAACUACGCGAAACCAGCACCCCUCAUAUCGAGGUCGAGUGGAGCUGAGAGAUCCAGACAUGAAGGGUGGAGACGUUUCUGUUGUUCUGAAGAAAGUCAGCGUCAGCGACACCGGAACAUACCGGUGUCGAGUUGGAAUCAGUGGGGGAGGAAAACCUAAAGUCUACAGCACCAUCCAGCUGACUGUCUCAGGUGAGUUUGUAGAGUUGAGUCUCUGUUAAACUAAUGGAAUAUCU